CGCACCAACGCAAAUUCCACGUCUGCGAAAGAAGUUGUUCCAGAACAUUCCGAUAUUUUCAUCUUGGGGACUUGGGGUUAAAAGCUUCUAGAGCUUCCAAUACGUGACCACCGCCUUUGCCGUUGUUUAUAAAACUACCAGCACCGGCUUUCACUUUCCUCCGGCGUUGUUACGGCUUCCAGUUCCAGCGCCCGAAUCUAGUAGUACUGGCUUCUCGCAAAUUGAUUACGAAUAUAAGGAGGUGGUUUUUGAUGAUAUAGUCUGAAUUUGAGAUAAAUCUAUAAGGACUUUUUGGGUUUGUUUCUGGGUAUUUGGUUUUUUUUUUUUUUUGUGAUGUGCUGAGAUUGGUGGGGUUGUGAUGGAGAUGGAGGCUGACAAGAAAUCGCUAUCUUAUUAUCGAAUUCUUGGUGUCAGGACGGAAUCGUCUAUGGAAGAAAUAAGGCGGGCUUAUCGCAAGCUUGCUAUGCAAUGGCAUCCGGAUAGAUGGGCAAGGACCCCUUCUCUUCUGGGUGAAGCUAAACGAAAAUUCCAGCAGAUCCAAGAAGCCUACUCAGUGUUGUCAAACCAGAGGAAGAGGACACUGUACGACUCGGGGUUAUAUGACCCUGAUGAUGAAGAAGAUGAGGGCUUUUACGAUUUUGUGCAAGAAAUGGUGUCUCUCAUGGAACAGACCAGGAGAGAGGAUAAGAAUUAUAGCGUGGAGGAGCUACAGAGCAUGCUUUUGGAGAUGGCCCAAGGAUUCGAGUCUCCUGCCUGGUUUUGUGGACCGUCAAUUGCCGAAGAUUCCAGAUGCUCGAAGAGAACACGUUGGCAGAGCAAUCCAAUGGCAAUCAGAGGCUCACAUUUGCACACAUCUGGCCUGCAGAUGUUUGGAAGCAGCGGUUAUUGCAAUUUUCACCGUUCCCCUCUAGAAAAGAGACAAUACUAGAGGAUUGAGCUGCUUGUCUGAGCAACAAAGACUGCCAGCGAUGUGUUGCUAAUUUGCAUUGGUUGUAGAGCAUGGUUUCUUUGAUUAAACCUUUUAUGCCUUUGUGAUAAACUCUUGUGCUGUGGAUACAAAUUCUAGUAAAUUAGAGUUUGGGCUUAAUAA